CUCCUCUCCUGAUUCAAUGUGUAGUCUGGAAAGCAUCAAGUAAUGGACUUGGUUGGCUUUCCUGAGGGAGCUGAUCGUGUGUUCCAUGGAUUAGGGAUCCAUGAGCGAUCUGCGACAGACCUCACCAUUUUUGCCAUCAACCAUCGCCGUACCGGAAGCGUCGUUGAGGUACUCGAGUACUCUAUUGGUGACAAGGCCGUCCAGUACAAGGAGACUAUCCAGCAUGAGCUCAUUCGCACUCCAAAUGACAUUGUUGCAUUGGGGCCUCGCGAAUUUUAUGUUUCCAAUGACCAUAAGCAUCUAGAUGGCCCCCAGAGAGUUGCUGAAGAGCUGCUUCGACGCCAAUGGAGUAAUGUGAUCUACUAUUCACCUGAGAAGACAUUCGUUGCCUUUACAGGCGUCGCAAGUGCCAAUGGUAUGACUAGCAACAAAGACAAUUCGCUUAUCUUCCUCUCAGCCUGCCAUGGUGCUGGCAUGCAUGUGCUCAAGCCUCAAGCAGACCACACACUUAGCCAAGAAGAGUUUGUCAAGUUUGACUUCUACGUUGAUAAUCCUUCAUAUGAUCCUGUGUCUGGUGAUAUCUUUGUUGCGGGCCAUGUCCAACCCUACAGGAUGGUUUCGAGCCUUGGCGUGCAUGGGAAACCCAUCAUCGGGCCAUCCAAAGUCGUAAGAAUGUACAAGAACCCAGAGAUUUCAUCUACCGCACCUAAAUAUCUCAUUGAAACUGUAUUAGCUGAUGAUGGACAUUUCAUCUCGACAAGCACGGUGGCAGCUAUUGACCGCAAACAUGAGGUCAUGUUGAUUGGUACAGUCUUCUCUGCACAGGGCUUUUUCCGUUGUCCACUUCCCAAGGGGGCUUAAAAAGUAGAAAUCUCUGAGUUAUAUCUAUCUUUAUAAAAACUCAUAUUCGUACUUCAAUCUGCUUGAAAGGUCCUAUUGUUAAAUAUUCAAUGCCCUUAAACAUAAAGU